AUGGCCGACCUACAGACACCUACCGAAGCGACACUUCUGUCGACGUCAAACUCAGUGACCGAGGGCUCUACUCCCAUCUCCAAAGAAGCAGCCACACAAGUGUCACUCGUUCAAGCUCCAAUGACUACCAAUGCGUCUACAGAGACAGAGCCUGUGCCCACGCCGACCGCGACUGUCAACGGGAUUGUGAACAGGAUUGCGGGAAUUGCCACACAUACAAACGGUACUACACCCACGCCGGUCCCCGUGACUACCUCAGUGCCGGCACCGACCGCAGUUGAUGGACUGAUCCAAAAUGGCAAACCGGCCAAUGUGAGGGACGAAGACGAUCCGCCACUGUUUUCCCAGUCCCUUAUUUCUGAACAAGUCAUGUCGCAACUGCCUGAGGGCUACUCGAUUCGCCCUCUGCGACGAAGCGAUUACUAUGGAGGUUUCCUCCCUACGCUCCGUGUUCUCACCACAGUGGGCGAACCCACUCUAGCCGAAUUCAAUGCCCGGUAUGACUUCAUCUCCUCGCGCAACGACACCUACUACAUUCUAGUCAUCUGUGACGAGACGUCGACCGUCGUGGGCACCGGUGCUGUGAUUGUGGAGCGCAAGUUCAUCCACAACAUGGGCCUCGUGGGCCAUAUCGAGGACAUUGCGGUGGCAAAGAACCAACAGGGUAAGAAGCUGGGAUUGAGGAUCAUUCAGGCACUGGACGCGGUGGCUGAAAGAGUGGGCUGUUACAAGAGUAUCUUGGAUUGUAGUGAGGCGAACGAAGGGUUCUAUGUUAAAUGCGGGUUUAAGAGGGCCGGGCUGGAGAUGGCACAUUAUUACGAACAGGGUCCCAAGACGAGUUACGAGAGGUCGUGA